UGGAAGCCACAAAAGCUAAAUAUUUUCAAAUUUUAUUGAGAUUGUUUGCAAUAAGAUUCUCUAAAAGUUGACAUGAAUGAAUACUAUCACACACUCCAACUCUUCCUUCAAAAGUAUCAUUACUUUCAACUUUUUACUUAAAUAACGUUUCAGUGAUUAUUUCAAGAAAAAAUGCAGUCCAAAAAUCGUGUAGUCUUCGCUAAAAUAGUAUUUUCAUCAGAUUCACAAUUAUUACCAUCCUUGCUUAUGUUGAAAGAACAAAGUGAUCAUCUACUCCAAUUCAGGAUCAACUAUCGAUUGUCCACCAUAUGUUAACAGUUGCAAAUUUGAUCGGUUAUAUACCGGGAUAUAAGGCGAUAAGUAUGUCAAGACAUUUGGUCCAAAGUUCAUACGUGAUAUCAUAUCUUGAGAAUGGUCUAUCUGAACUGGUUGCUUUCACAUGGUGGUUAAUAAGUAUGAGUACCCCCGAAAUUGUGACCAAACGCAAAUACCAUCUUAAAACAUGUUCAACUUUCUUCAGACCAAAGAGCAAUGCCAGACUUUAGCUGCAAGCAGAACCUACAAGAUCGUCAUGGUGCGGCAUGGCGAAUCAGAAUGGAACAAGCUCAAUCUUUUUUGUGGUUGGUUCAACGCUGAGCUGAGCGACAGAGGUAGAUCGGAGGCGGAACGAGCGGGAAAAGCUCUGAAGGACGCCGGAUACUCAUUCGACAUGGCCUUCACUUCCGUUUUAAAAAGAGCCAAUAACACACUGGAAGGAAUUUUGCAGCAGUUGGGCCAGACGAGUACACCCAUCAAAAAGUCGUGGAGGUUGAACGAGAGGCAUUAUGGAGGCCUAACAGGACUGAAUAAAGCAGACACGGUAGCGAAAUACGGAGAGGAACAAGUGGCAAUAUGGCGACGCAGCUUUGACGUACCCCCACCACCCAUCACACCAGAUAACCAGUACUAUAACGUAAUUCUGAAUGACCCUAUAUAUAAUGAGGGCCCCCAUAAAGAUCAGUUCCCGAUGUUCGAGUCCUUAAAACUCACAAUUGAACGCACAUUGCCUUUCUGGUAUGACUAUAUUGUGCCAGAGAUAAAGGCGGGGAAAAAAAUUAUUAUUGCAGCACAUGGAAAUAGCCUUAGAGGUAUAGUGAAGCAUUUGGAUCAAAUGUCAAAUGAGCAAAUAAUGGGAUUGAAUCUACCAACUGGCAUUCCUUUCUACUAUGAGCUAGACUCGAAUCUAAAGCCAGUACCAAAUGGUAGUCUCCAAUUUUUGGGAGAUCCUGAGACUGUCAGAAAAGCAAUGGAAGAAGUGGCUAACCAAGGAAAAGCGAAAAAAUGAAACAAUAUUUUGUCAAUAUUAAUUCAGUUGCUACUAAAAAUUACACAAUCCAUCGUUAGCAUAUUUUAUUUUACGAACUCA